GUCCCCAAACCGCAGAAAGAGCAUGCAGUCAUCAUGUCAAAAUUUGCAUCUGAAUGCAUGACGGCCAUGGGCCAGCUCAUACAUGAUGAAUUGGUGCACAGGCUAGGCGAGGAUGUUGUGAAUUUGCAGUUUCGAGUUGGAUUACACAGUGGUCCCGUCACGGCGGGUGUCAUUCGCGGCGAUCGCCCCAGGUUUCAACUCUUUGGAGACACAGUCAAUACAGCCAGUCGGAUGGAGUCCAACAGUAUGCCUGGAAGGAUCCAGGCAUCCCUUUCAACGGCAGAGCUCCUCAUCCAGGCAGGGAAAAAGGCUUGGGUCGAAGAACGAGAAGGAGGAAUCGAAGCAAAAGGCAAGGGACGACUUCGAACAUUUUGGAUUACUCCCAUGAGUACCAAAUCUUCCAUGGCGCGAUCUAUACUCUCGGUCCCCCAGGAGGAGGAAGCCAUCCAAACUGUGCCGGAUCAAAUCGAUGUAGAAGGCCAGUUUGCAGAGUAG